UCUGUUUUCUUAAAGUAGUUGGUAUAAAAUCAGAUUAUACUCACCUGUCAUGUCGCAGCAUAAUCACCUGAAUUUUAAUGUAAAAGGUUUCAUUUGAAAGCUUCACUGAACUAAAGAUGGCAUCAAAGUCUAAAAUGAAUUUGUGAUUUUGAUAGAGGGCAUCACACAGUUUGCAAUAGUUUCACCACAAAUUAACAGCAGGUCUGUUUGUUGUGGCUCUAAUGAGCAGUUAGUAAUUAGUUUGAAAUGCACUUGCCUAAUCAAAGAUCAGUAAUCCAAUACCUUUGCUGUAAUUUUGUGGGGAGGAGGGUGAGAGGAUAGAGUUACUACAUCCUUGUAUUACAGACGCGCGCACACACAUAUACACACAAGCUUCCUUAAACACAUAGUGUAGCUGAUCAACACUCAGCGCAGGAUGGAUGUUUGCUGCCUGGGCUGCAUGAAUGUUUAACCAGUACAGUGUUUCCAGAGCCAGGUAGCUCAUUACUGCUUCACUGCCUACAAUGCAGAGAAGCCAGGCACACAGGAAGCAGCAGUGCCACCCUUCUCCUCCUCCUCCCCCUCCUCUUCUUCUUCAGCAUUUCUUUCUCAGGCCAAGCUGGGGCUGCACCUAGCAAAGCUGAGCAGCAGAUGAGAGAGUGGUGACAGUAGAUUAUUGGUUAAAUAUUUGUGCUGACUAAAGAGGCUCCACAAUGGCAUUGGCCCUCCUCAAGUAAACCUGUGUCUGAGUUGUAUACCUGAGGACUGAAGUUCAAACUAAUAUGGAUAUAUCUGGUUCAUCUCUCCAGAGUGAUUCAACCAUGAUGCACAUGGCUUUGGAAGUUCAGGAGAGCCUGGAGGAGCGGUGCAACCGGAUCCUGAGGAACAUGGAGGCCUCUCUGACAACCCGAGAUCGUGUGGGGAUCCAAGAUUUUGUUCUCCUGGACGCCUACACAAGUGAGAGUGCCUUCCUGGACAACCUGAGGAAACGGUUUUAUGAGAAUCUCAUUUAUACCUAUAUUGGAACCCUCGUGGUGUCAGUCAACCCGUAUAAAGACCUAAACAUCUACAGCCAGGAGCAAAUGGAUACGUACAUGGGAGUUAACUUUUUUGAGCUGCCUCCUCAUAUCUAUGCACUGGCAGACAAUGUCUUCCGCACCAUGCUGUCUGAGUUCAACAACCACUUCAUCCUGAUCUCAGGGGAGAGUGGAUCCGGCAAGACAGAGGCCUCCAAAAAAAUCCUGCAAUUCUAUGCUGUCAGCUGUCGAAGUACCAGACUUCUGAACAAUGUUCGAGACAGGCUGCUUCUCUCCAAUCCUGUGCUUGAGGCUUUCGGAAAUGCCAAAACUUUGAAGAAUGACAACUCAAGCCGCUUUGGGAAAUAUAUGGACAUCCAAUUCGACCACCAGGGUGGUGCAGUUGGUGGUCACAUCCUCAGUUACCUGCUGGAGAAGUCCCGUGUGGUCCACCAGAACCGUGGAGAAAGAAACUUCCAUAUUUUCUACCAGCUGGUGGAGGGAGGAGAGGAAGAGCUUCUCCGUUGGCUUGGCCUAGAGAGGAACUGCCAGCACUACAGUUACCUGGUGCAGGGGUGUUGUGCCAAAGUUAGUUCUAUUAAUGAUAAAAGUGAUUGGAAGACGGUGCAGAAAGCCCUCUCUGUCAUAGAGUUCAGUCAGUGUGACACUGAGCACCUGUUUGGAAUUAUUGCUAGUGUGCUCCACAUGGGAAAUAUCAAGUUUGAAGCAGAUGUUCAAGGAUAUGCCACUCUCAGCAACAACCAGGAGAUGCAGUGGGUGUCAACGUUGCUGGGGAUUCCUGCACAGGUGCUACAACAUGGCUUAACCCACAGGAAGAUUGAAGCCAAAACAGAGGAGUUGUUCAGUCCGUUCUCUGUGGACCAUGCAAUGUAUGCCAGGGAUGCCCUUGCCAAAGCCAUCUAUGGUCGCACAUUCAACUGGCUGGUCAACAAAAUCAAUGAAUCUUUAGCUAACAAGGAUCCUUCCAGAAAGACAGUGAUUGGUCUGCUUGACAUCUAUGGGUUUGAGGUUUUCAGUGUGAACAGUUUUGAGCAAUUCUGCAUCAACUACUGCAACGAGAAGCUGCAGCAGCUUUUCAUCGAGCUGACCCUCAAAUCAGAGCAGGAGGAGUACAAAAUGGAAGGGAUUGAAUGGGAACCAGUGCCAUAUUUUAACAACAAGAUCAUCUGUAACCUUGUGGAGGAGAAAUACAGAGGAAUCAUCUCACUACUGGAUGAGGAAUGUUUACGGCCCGGAGAGGCCACAGAUCUAACCUUCCUGGAAAAGAUGGAGGAAAAGAUUGGUCGCCAUCCUCAUUUUGUCACACAUAAACUUACUGACCAAAAGACAAGAAAAACACUGGAAAGAGGAGAUUUCCGCCUGCUGCACUAUGCUGGAGAGGUUACAUACUGUGUAGUUGGAUUCUUGGACAAAAACAAUGAUCUCUUGUAUCGGAAUGGGAAAGAGGUUAUGCGACAGUCCAAAAAUCCCAUUAUCCAGCUCUGUUUUCCUGCUACUGAACCAGACAGCAAGAAGAGACCUGAAACUGUGGUGACUCAGUUUAAGAGCAGUCUUGCAGGCUUGACUGAGAUGUUGAUGUCCAAAGAGCCCUGGUAUGUCCGCUGCAUUAAACCCAAUGAAGCCAAGCAGCCAGGACACUUUGAUGAUGUGUUGGUGAGACAUCAGGUGAAGUACCUUGGGCUGAUGGAGCACCUGAGGGUCAGGCGUGCUGGGUUUGCUUACCGCCGCAAAUAUGAAAUAUUCCUCCAGAGGUAUAAGCCUCUGUGUCCAGACACCUGGCCUAACUGGAAAGGCACGGCAGUAGAAGGUGUGCGGUGCCUGAUCAAACACUUGGGCUAUAAACCUGAAGAGUACAAGAUGGGCAGGACAAAAAUUUUCAUCCGCCACCCUAGAACUCUGUUUGCAACAGAAGAUGCCUUUCAGGUCUGCAAACAUAAAUUAGCAACAAGGAUUCAAUCCAAAUACAAAGGCUAUAGGGUGAAAGGAGACUUCCUGAAACAGAAACAGGCUGCCACUAUGAUUGAGAACUGCUGGAGGGGUCUGAUGGCAAGGAAGGAGCGAGAAAAGAGGGAAUGGGCUGUCAAGGCCAUCAAGAAGUUCAUUAAAGGUUUCAUGACCAGAAAUCAGCCAACCUGUGUCGAUAACAGCGAGUACCUGGCAUAUGUGAGGCAGAACUACCUCACACGCCUGAAGGAGAACCUUCCCAAAACGGUCCUGGAGAAAGACUUGUGGCCCACUGCUCCACCUGUACUGCAGGAGACAUCCCAACUCCUGAAGAAGCUCUACAUUCGCCAUAUGGUACGGAAGUAUGUUCGGGAAAUCAGCCCACAGAGGAAAGCACAGCUUCAGUUAAAAGUACAAACAAGCUCCAUGUUCAAGGGAAAAAAAGAAAACUACCCAUCGAGUGUGUGCAGUCCGUUCCUGGACACCAGGAUAGACGUAGAAGACAUAAACAUCAAAGUACUACAGCUAAUUCAACAUGAGCUCAUCAAGUACAGUGUGCCAGUGGUGAAGUAUGACAGGAACGGGUUCAGGCCUCGUCUCCGGCAGCUUAUCUUCACGCAGAAAACUGCCUACCUGGUUCAGGAGGCCAAGAUCAAGCAGCAGAUAAAUUACAGCUCUCUGAAAGGUGUGUCAGUCAGCAACCUGAGUGACAGCUUCCUGAUCCUUCAUGUUACAUGUGAUGACAUCAAGCGAAAGGGGGAUCUGGUUCUACAGUGUGACUACCUGUUUGAGGCCUUGACCAAGCUCAGUGUUAUUGCAAACAAGCAGAACUGCAUCAAAGUGGUCCAGGGCAGUGUGCGAUUUGACAUCCAGCCCGGUCGAGAGGGGUUCGUGGACUUCAAGAGCGGUCAAGAGUCUAUGGUCUACAGGGCCAAGAAUGGUCAUUUGAUGGUGCUCAGUGAGUCGACAAGAACUAAGUCGAGAUGAUGAUGCAGAGGAUGUCGGUGGGGAGAUGUUGCUCUUCUCAGCCUCAGACUCGACUCAACAGCCAUGCUCUCUUAUCCUACUCCAUGGCUGUUGCCAAUAACUUGUUUCAUGUCAGCUGGUUUUUACUUUUAGCAUCUCUAUGACAGUGUUUUCCAGUGAAGUAUAUGCUAUUAUUACACAAGUACAGUACUGCCAAUACCUUUAGUUGUGAGCAGAAAACAUGCUCAAAGCAAAACCUAGCCAGAAUAUUAGUGGCGCUGUUCGUUCCUAAUAUUUGGAGUUUCAGUCAAAUGUGAACAAAAUAAUUCCAGCUCAGAUUGAUGGACAUAAAACAUCCUUUAUAUACUGUAUGUAUUUACAUUAAACAUAUCUGAAAUGGUAUCUAGAAAUAGAAAUAGAAAAAUAUGAGGUGUGUUGUAAUGAAUGUAAUGGUGUUUAUAAUAGCUCACCCUUGCUGUACCUUUAUAUUAAAACAACGAUGGACAACAACUUCAUGUGCAAAGCAUCUGUGUGUUUGAAAUCAGUUCAUGCAAACUCUACAUAGAGAGGCCCUGAUCGAGUGUGAGGUAUGAACCCAGACCUUCUUGUUGUGAGGUGGCAGUGCUAACUACUACGUCGCCAUUCGCCCCUUAUUGAGUCUUUUCUCUGCACAACAGAAUCCCUCUCAGUGCUGCCUCAAUGACGGCAUCACUGAAGGGAGCAUUUUGCAGCAUUACAUUGUGAAGGAGCUUAAUCCAUAGCACACUCUGCUGGACGACACAAAUAUCUACACCAAAAGAAAACUGUAUGGGCCUGUUGCUCUGUCACUUAGCUUAGCUGCAGGUCAGAGCAGGUCCGGCAAUAGCGGGGGUAUAAAAAGCAUUGUAGCCAUGUGCACAGGCUCCGCCAAACUGCAGCUAAACCGGCUAUCUGAGCCACACAGUGCACAUGUGUCAAAGAACCUCAUCAUCAUGAAGCACUGGCAGCAGUUGUGUCAGGCCUACCAGCAUGUAGUGGGGCAGAGGACUUAUCAUUGAUAUCUUUGUAUCUGUGGUGCUUCACUGUUGCUGGUGUUAUUGUGAACUGUAUUAUGUUGUGCAAUAUUUUGACUAUUGUCAUCAGUUCCACAUUAUUGUACCGUUAAUACAAGUGACCGGUUACACCAUGAGUAAUGUUGUGUACAUCAUUACUGUAUGCUCUACUACUGUAUACUCUAAUAAAUCACCCUGUUUUUUCUGUCUAAAAACCUUGUUUUAACAGAUGAUAGCAUGUUCAUCAUUUUCGUUCCUUUCUGGAGUAUCAAAAAUUUGUCAGAUAUACAGUAUUAGCUGACACCAUAGUAGGAAUGGCUUUACUAAUACCUUUAUGAUUAUUUGUUUCUGUGACUUCUUCAAAAACCUAUUUCUUUGAAGCGUGACACACAUGUAAAUGUGUACGUUUCAGUAUGCUAACAGGCUGACCAUCUCAGUGUAAAG